AUGGACCCUCAAGUUCGCCAAUUCUCCCCUGAGGAGAAACACAAGGUCGAUCAACAACAUGGCUCCACAGGUGCUGGCGACGUCGAGCUCGCGCCUCGCGUCACCCUCGAGAGAAUUCCCACCUAUCUCCAGCCACCGAUAUCCCUGAGGCAGAGGUUACGGCAUUUCACCUUUGCAUGGUACACAGUCACUAUGUCUACGGGCGGAAUUGCCCUCGCGUUAGGUCUUACACCACAUCGUUUUAGAGGUCUCAAUACGAUUGGCUUGGUCGUCUUCCUGUUUGACCUUGUCUGCUUCGUCAUCAUAUCAGCCUGUCUGCUCCUCAGGUUUGCGCUCUACAAGGACACCUUCCGCAGGACCCUGACACGGCCCAGGGAGGCCCUAUUCGUCUCGACGUUCUUCCUCUCCAUAGCAGCUCUCCUGUCGAAUGCAGAGAAGUAUGGGUCCCUCUUUCUGAGCGAAGAUGCCCAGGACGGGCUUGCGGUGUUCUUGCGGGUUACAUUCUGGCUCUACGUGGUGGUAACAUUCCUCCUCUCCGUGAUCCAGUACCACCUGCUUUUCUCCGUCAAGGAGCAGCGACGCCUGACGGUCAACUCAAUGACACCAGCAUGGAUCCUACCCAUCUUCCCCGUCAUGCUGGCAGGCACCAUCGCCGCCUUCGACUCGCCGACACAGGAACCAGCCCAGGCCCUCGCCAUCAUCUCUACGGGUCUUGCAGCCCAGGGCCUCGGCAUGCUCGUUUCCAUCUUCAUGUACGCCACCUACCUCUCACGCCUCAUGGUCUAUGGCCUGCCGGCGCAGCGGCCAGGCAUGUUUAUUGCGGUCGGCCCGCCGAGCUUCACUUGUGCAGCCCUGGUCGCCAUCGCCGACGACGUGCCGCGCAUCUUUGCCUCAGAGGUCCCUGUUAUCCAGGGCAUGCUCAGGCCCGACAUCCUGGCCAGCGGCGUCCAGCUGGCCGCGCUGUACUGCUCCUUCUUCCUCUGGGGACUGAGCUUCUGGUUCUUUGUCUCUGCUGUUAUGGCCGUUGCCGCGGGCAUGCCUGAUCGCAAGUUUCACCUUAGCUGGUGGAGCUUCGUUUUCCCCAACGUCGGCUUCUGCAUAUCGACCAUCCGCGUCGGCGAGGCGACGGGAAGCGAUGGCCUGCUUUGGUUCAGCACGGUUCAGACCAUCGUGCUGGUGUUAGCCUGGUUUUAUAUCGCAUGGCGAUGCGUCUGGGCUGUGAUCCACAGGGAGAUUGUGUGGCCAGGACACGAUGAGGACUCGGACUGA